GCGCGUCCGAAGCCGAGCGCAGUGCCCGACGCACACCAGGUCCCGCACGGCACACGACCAGAGGCGCGCACAGUCCGGCACAGUCCACUCGGCGAUACGACCCAUGCUGGACCGUCGUCGUCGCUCCGGUCCACGCCGGCAUCAGGCAUCCAGCACCCGCGCCAAGGUGCCCGCACCAGGUGCUCAUCGACGCAGCGUCAGGCCCGAGGACGCGGUGCCGCGGCUGCGGCGCGUCCACGUCACCGCGUCGGGAGCCCGAUCGCGCCUGGUCCAGGAGCCGCGGGCCGGCGAUCGAGAGUAGCGAAAGCAGGAGCGAGGAGAACGACGAAAUACCCGCGGCGAAACACGCGCGAGCGCCUGCGGGACGCCUUCGGACUUGUUUAUAUUUACCUUUUUUUCCUCUUCUUUUCUUCUCCCGGCCUCGGGCCACCGUGUCGGCCAGGUCGGUCCGAAACGUGACGGAGUGGUGAGCGAGAAACAGAGUCGAUCCCGACGACGAGAGUGAGACUGUGAACGCUGUUGGUCGCGCCGGGGAGAGUGCGGUCGAGGGUGACGAAUUUCGACGUGGAAGAGGAAGAAUCGCUCGCUGAUCGGAGGUGCCAGCCGUCGUCCACGUCGGCCCGCACCUAGUGCGGCCGCAUGUCGGUGGACACGGUGCAGUCGCGGAGGAGCGCGACCAACGGGGAACAUGAGGCCCGACAUUGACAGUUGACGAACAAGUGUAGGUCCAGGUGACGAGUGCGUCGGAGGAGAAGCAGGUCGAAGAAGCGCGCUCGCGCGCGCGCGGCUCGUGUCGGAGAAGGGCAGAGAGGACGGUGUUUCUCGUAUCCCCGGGGGCAAAAAAUCGGAUGGACCCGUUCGCGGCGGGCGAAAACGCGCGGCGGAGGUGAGAGGGGGGAGGACGGAAGCGUGACGACGGCCAAGAUCGGGUCCUUUGUCCUGGUGGCUGUCGCUGACAGCGACGCGCGCUCGUCGCUUCCUCCUUCCUCGUCUUCCUCGUCCCCGCGGAAGGCACUGGCGUCAACAAUAACACUCGGCGACCAUCGUCGUCUCCCUUUCUCACCCCAGGGCCUCUCGUUCUUCCUCGAGAAACAGUGAAACUCCACGCGACGAGAGUCGAAGAUCGCAAACGCCACCAUGAGGAUCAAAAUGCCCGCGGUCAGGAUCGCGCAAGCGGAAACCUCGCAAGGCACCGCGUCCCCAGACACCGUCCAAUGCGGGGGCUGUAGGGCGUCCUACCCCCUCGGCGAGAUCGUCCGGUUCAUCGAGCACAAGGUCAACCACUGUCGCAGCACCCUUCAGGGCUGCCACAGUCCGCCGGCGACGGCCGCUCCCGAGGAUUCCGAUCCGGAGGACGCCCUCGCCCUGAAGACCGCCGACCCGGACUCGAAGCUGAACUCGGUGCCCAGCAUCUCCGCGCCCAUCAACAAGAGGAGCGGUCGGUUGGAGAGCCCGCCGACGCCCCAGGGCUCCGGACCGGAUACCGGAAGCCCGAUCGACCUCAAGGCGAGCGCCAGCUCGACGCCCAAGAGACGGACGGAGGCGCCGGACGACGACAAGGAGGACCUUCCGAAGAAGCAGAAGACCGAGUCCGUGGACGCCGACACGAACACAGUCAAUUCCGAGCCAAGAUGGCUGCAGUGCUCGCAAUGUUCCCGGCGACUGUGCUCGGCGUGGGAGCUUCUUCAGCACGUACAGAGCAUGCACGGCGCUCGUCUCUACUGCUCCUCCUCCUCGUCGACGAACUCGUCGUCCAACACUCCGGCGCCGAGUCCACCGACGCCUACGCCGACGCACGCGCAUCACCUUAGCCCGCCAAAUCACCUGAACCUGAGCGGCAAGUCCACUGGAAGCUCGGCGGCGAACUCAUCGGGUGGCACGAACACAAGUGGCAGUAGCGGUAGCCGGCAGCAGCUUCAAACCUCAGCGUCCCUGGUGGGCGACCCUCUCCACAGCUUCUUGAGGCUACCUCAACAUUUGGAGCGAAGUUUCCCGCCCAUGUUCAGGCCCGACUUCCUCACGUUGAAUCCUCUGGCAGGUUACAGAGGUCUCCAGGAGCUGCAGACGGCCACGAGAAAUCUGCAGAACCUGGGCGACCCGCUUCGCGGUAUGGACGGUUUGAAUCUGGGCGAUCCGCUGGUCCGCAGUUCGUUGGACUCGCUCAACAACGCCCGGAAUCUCGCCAAUUUGGCCGAAUUGUCGCACGGCCGAGGCCUCGCCGGCCAAGCACACCCACCACCACUCGAAGCGAACCUGGAUUUUUACUCAGCGCGCCUAAGGAGCCUCGCUAAUCCGUCCUUAGGCGCGGCUCCACCAACCCCUAGCGGAAAUCCCACGACGAAUCCCCCUCCUCCACCGGUACCGCCGGUACCAUCGGUUCCCAUUGCCAGUAAUGUUCAGCAGCAGCAGCAGCAGCAGCAGCAGCAACAACCAUCGCAACAGCAACAGUCGCAAGUUCACUCGGUGGAACCACCUAGUCCGGCCUCGGCCAAUCCUACGAAUCUAAGCCACAGCAAUCACCAGAAGGAAAACUCACCACCCUGUUAUAGUCAAAGUCCGGUGGGUCAUCACAACAACAACAAUUCGACCGACAGCGAGAAGACAAGUCCACCUGUGGCCUCGACGCCAAUAAUUACCGACUCUUCGUCGGAAACGGUGUACACGUGCGAGGUCUGCGACAAAAAGUUUCGCUUUCAGUCCAAUCUGAUCGUCCAUCGUCGCAGCCAUCGAGACAAGGAGAGGCAGUAUCAGCAGCAAGACACUACGCAAGACAGUCAGAGCACAUCGACAAGGUGCGACGUGUGCGAACUUGAGUUGGCGAGCUUCACCGAACUGAGGAAGCACAUGAGGAAGGAGCAUCAGGAGCAGCUAAACUCGGCUGCCAGUCCACAGGGCAGCGUCGAAACGGUGCCGGAUGAUGGAUCCAGCUGUGACGAGAACAUGGAUCUGGACGAGAUGGAGGAGAGCGAGCAAAAGGCCGAGCGCGAAGAUGCGGAAGAGAACACACCCGAGGAUCUGAGCACCAAUCAAGGACAAAGUGGCGAGGAGAGCGGAGGUCGAGUGGAGAAACCAGCCAGUCUAGUGGGCGAUCUCAUGGAGAAGUUUGGGCUGAGCAACAUUGCCCAAUACUCGGAGGCUUAUCGACAGGCGCUACAGGAGAAUCAUCGUAGCGGCUUUCUCAAAACCGACUCGCCCUGCAACCUCGCCAACUCGCUCAACAAUAACAAGGAGAAGGAGAGCGCGCUCUCGCCGAAUUUCAACUCGUCGACAACGCCCAACAUUUUUUCCGGCCAGGGGUUUCCGAGAUCCUCGGGGCCGGACUUUGGCGGUCUCUGGCUACCCAGUCCGCACUACUUGGAGAAUAACGAAUUCCGUAAAGCGUCCAAGGCAACGACGUCCAGCUUGGCGCUUCAGGGCCUGCCGAGCCCGUUGCUGAAGAAGGAACGGAGCGGCCGAAACGACACUUGCGAGUAUUGCGGCAAGGUCUUCAAGAACUGCUCCAACUUGACGGUUCAUAGACGGUCGCACACGGGCGAGAAACCCUACAAAUGUGAGCUUUGCUCGUACGCGUGCGCCCAGAGCUCAAAGUUGACCAGGCACAUGAAGACCCACGGCCGACAUGGCAAGGACACGUACAAGUGUCGCUUCUGCGAGAUGCCGUUCUCGGUGCCGAGCACACUCGAGAAACACAUGAGGAAGUGUGUGGUGGUGGUUCAGCAGGGUCCCAAGCUGGACAUACCGUACCCGGUGAUCAAGGACGAGGAUUCCUCACUCAGUAGCAAGGAUACUUGAUCCUGGAACGGAAGCCUACCGCCAAUCCCACCGUUGUGGCCGCACAGGCCGCCUUAUCCGGUGUACUGAAGAUCCCAGAGGGGAUCUUUCUCUUCAGCGACCUCGAGAUAGGUAGAGACACAUCCGAUGAUCCGAGUCGCACAAGAUCUCGAUACGGUGCGACUUCAGAAGGAUUUCUCGCCGCGAAAUAUCCGAGGUCACCUCUCGGGGAUUAGGAGAGGUGGUAGGUCGACGCGUGAUCUCAACAAUCUCUCGAUCAAAACGGCCUGGAAACGGCUCG